UAGCGACUGAUUGCCAAAAAGUCGGCAUUGUUCUACAGUGAUUGAAAAUCUGAAAGCACUUUUUUUAGGUCACUCUAUUUUUCUCUCCUUCGCCGGACUUCGCCGACGCCGCCGGUAAUAUCUUCUAGUCCAAUCCGUCGGCAUGAAGCUAACCGUUAAGACUCUCAAGGGUAGCCAUUUUGAAAUUAGAGUUCAGCCCACCGACACGAUAAUGGCGGUGAAGAAGAAUAUUGAAGAUUCACAAAGCAAAGACAACUAUCCUUGUGGACAGCAAUUGCUGAUUCACAAUGGCAAAGUUUUGAAAGAUGAAACUACUUUGGUGGAGAACAAGGUUACCGAAGAAGGUUUUCUUGUCGUCAUGCUUAGCAAGAGUAAAACUCCAAGUUCAGCUGGUCCCUCUUCCAUUCAACCUACUUCUACCACGACAUCUACCAUAUCUCCAACCCCGCUUGCAGCUCCGUCUAUAGCUGUGCCAGCUUCUAAUUCUACUCCUGUUCAAGAACAGCUGCCGGCACAAAGUGACACCUAUGGUCAAGCUGCUUCAACUUUAGUUAGUGGCAGUAGUGUUGAGCAGAUGGUACAACAAAUAAUGGAAAUGGGGGGAGGCAGCUGGGACAAAGAAACAGUUACUCGCGCACUUCGUGCAGCGUACAACAAUCCUGAGAGAGCAGUGGAUUAUCUAUAUUCUGGAAUUCCUGAAACAGUAGCCAUUCCAGCAACUAAUUUAUCUGGUGUAGGAUCUGGUGCAGAACUUACAGCUCCUCCUGCCUCUGGAGGACCUAAUUCAUCUCCUUUGGAUUUGUUUCCCCAGGAAGCAGUUUCUGAUGCUGGUGGUGGAGAUCUUGGAACGCUUGAAUUCCUCAGAGGCAAUGAUCAGUUCCAACAAUUACGCUCCAUGGUCAAUUCCAACCCCCAGAUUCUGCAGCCUAUGCUUCAAGAGCUCGGAAAACAGAACCCUCAACUUCUGAGGUUAAUUCAAGAGAACCAAGCAGAAUUUCUUCAGUUACUAAACGAGCCCUAUGAAGGAUCUGACGGGGAUAUGGAUAUUUUUGACCAACCCGAGCAAGAAAUGCCCCACGCAGUCAACGUUACCCCUGAAGAGCAAGAAGCGAUUCAACGGCUUGAGGCAAUGGGGUUUGAUAGAGCACUAGUCAUAGAAGCAUUCCUUGCCUGUGACCGUAACGAGGAAUUGGCUGCAAACUAUCUGCUAGAGCACUCAGCAGAUUUUGAAGACUGAGUUCGGACCUAAAAAAUCAGCCUUUUAACCAGAUCAGCGCACAACAAAUUUUUUGUUCCUCCUACCUCUUAUAUCUGACAUUUUACUCUGCUCAGAAUAUCGAAUGAUUAUAUAUCUCAUACUCACAUUUCCAUAUUUAUCCUAAAGAAUAAUCUGCGUUUUCCAC